GCCAGCCGGGUGAGGUCUUGGCUUUUCCUCUUUUGGCGGAAGCAGAAGCUUCUUUCCUAUUUUGGCCCUCAGCUCAGAGGGAGCUUUUUAGUUUCUUGGGAUGAAAGUGAUCUUGAGGACUGUUUGGAAAAUUAGUGAUCUCAUAGGCCAUCCUAAGACUGGGACCGAAAUUGUUCAGUGAAAGUGAAAUUAUAAGAGACAACAACGUUGUUUGGAGUAACCAGAUUAGUAGCAAUUCGGUGUCGCACGGUUUGAUUUGUUGUUUGCAUAGUCGGAAAUUAAUAGUUCCUUCGAAGUGCUCCGGUGCUCGUUUUAAUUACCCCGGGUUGGUUAAAAUGUGGACAUAAAUCACUCCCUUAAACUGUGUGUGGUGGCAAAACCGUUCGAUAAAUCCGCAGAUAGAGUGUUUGUGCGUUCCGUUAGCUAAAUGUUUGACUAACUACCGUCAGCGAAGGUGCUACUGACAUUCAACAGGGCAACGGUUUUUUUCCGAUAUACAUAUUGUUCCGAACCCCACUCGCAAUGACCGCAACCACGGGUAAUAAUGAAAAUCUUUCGACGGAACACGGCCAACGACAACGGCGGCGAGAUUAGAAUCUUGACGUGGCCAUCGGCAGGUAUUUUCUCGUCUCUCCCGUUCCGGAAACUCAUUUGCACCGGCCAGGAAAAACGCACCCUGCUGUGGUCAACGAUCCUUUCCUUGGAGUCGUUCCUCUUUUAACCUAGCAAAGGUAAAAGAAAUCUGUUUCCUAAGCCUUUCCUUCUCCAAUAGUAACUGGAUUGAAAAAGUUUCCCCACAGCAUCUGAGGGAUAACCCUAGUUUUUGCUCACCUAAGUUUCGUCUAUCCAGCUUAACUUUAAACACUCGAACUUAACUCACGGCCUGCUGAAUUGCAAACAACAAAAAGCCAUAAAAAAUCACAUUGUAUGCCGACUACUGAGCCUAUCGUACCUCCAGUAGAAGCAGACGAAGAAGAGGAAGAAGAAGCAGAAGGUUACGACGAAGUAGGCGGCGCUGCCAGUGAAGAUGACCAAUGAUACGAAUUCUUCCAAUGUCAACGCUGGCUUUGUUGAUCAGGCCAACUGCAAGAAGCGCGAAUCGUGGCACACAAAUGGCGACGCGGCCGGAGAUGGAGCUGGUGGUGCAUCCUCCAUGGCGGAUCCGGACGCGAAUCCGGACGACGAAUCCGGUGAAGGUGGGCCAGGGACCAUCGGUGACCAUCAGACGAAGGAAACGGCUGCCCUAAAUCCUAAAAGUGGUGCACCACCUCCUCCUCUCGGCGGAAGCAAAGAGCGAGCCCUGGUGGUCACCCUAAAUGGGGAACGGCGCCGCGAGACUUGGGGUCAGAAGGCCGAGUUCCUGCUGGCGGUGAUCGGAUUCGCCGUCGAUUUGGGCAACGUUUGGCGUUUUCCGUACAUUUGCUACCAGAAUGGGGGUGGCGCUUUCCUCAUCCCGUACUGCAUCAUGUUGCUGUUCGGGGGGCUGCCGCUGUUCUACAUGGAGCUUGCCCUGGGGCAGUUCCAUCGAUGCGGCUGUCUCUCGAUUUGGAAGCGCAUCUGCCCUGCACUGAAAGGUGUGGGCUACGCAAUCUGCCUGAUCGACAUUUAUAUGGGCAUGUACUACAACACGAUUAUUGGCUGGGCGGUUUAUUAUCUGUUCGCUUCAUUUACCACGGAACUGCCCUGGACCAAAUGCGGUAAUUUAUGGAACACCGAGGCCUGCACACCGGUCACAUCGUUGGCCAAUCUGACCCGUCUCGACGCGGCCAGAAGCACCAUGGAAUCGAUUACAAAUGCAACGACGCUGACGACGACGACGUCAAUUGUGGGGGCCUUCGGAAACUUUACGACCCUGGCGGGACUCAAUCGGACCGGAUCGACGGCUACGACGGUCAUCGGCGGGUUGCUGGGGAAUGUCACUUCGACUGUGGCCAGCGUCGUUGCGGCUACUGGCGCGGGAGCUGCCCACGCCGUCCCGGAAAUGGUUCGAACAAGUCCGGCGAGGGAGUUUUUCGAGCGCCAGGUUCUAGAGCAGUACAAAUCGGACGGGCUGAACUUUAUGGGUCCGGUGAAGCCUUCGUUGGCCCUCUGCGUCUUCGGGGUGUUCGUGUUGGUGUAUUUCUCGCUGUGGAAAGGUGUUCGGAGUGCCGGAAAGGUAGUGUGGGUGACGGCCUUGGCUCCCUAUGUGGUCCUGUUGAUUCUGCUGUUCCGUGGAGUGACGUUACCUGGGGCGGCCGAGGGAAUCCGGUACUACCUAACACCGGAGUGGCAUAAGCUGAAAAAUUCUAGGGUAUGGAUCGAUGCCGCCUCGCAGAUAUUCUUCUCCCUCGGUCCCGGAUUUGGGACCCUGCUGGCCCUCUCGAGCUACAACAAGUUCAACAACAACUGCUAUCGUGACGCUCUGCUAACAAGCAGUAUCAACUGUUUGACCAGCUUCCUGGCUGGGUUUGUGAUCUUUUCCGUUCUCGGGUACAUGGCCCAGGUGCAGAACAAAUCGAUCGAGGACGUCGGCCUGGAAGGACCGGGACUGGUGUUUAUCGUCUAUCCGGAAGCGAUUGCCAUGAUGAAGGGAUCGGUGUUUUGGUCGAUCAUCUUCUUCCUGAUGUUGAUCACGCUUGGGCUGGACAGUACUUUCGGUGGACUGGAGGCCAUGAUAACGGCCCUGUGCGACGAGUAUCCGAGGACAAUUGGACGGCGAAGAGAGCUGUUUGUUCUGAUCCUGCUGGGACUGAUCUACAUUUGUGCACUACCGACCAUGACCUAUGUGAGUAUACCUGGGACUGUUUUAAAAUAA